CUCCUUAAUCUGACCGGACACCAGAAUUUAAAACUAUCAGAAUUUUAUAAAUUCAAAAUGGUCAUAUUCUACAUUUUAGUCCUAAGUUUAUUACGUUCUCCUGACAUUUCAAGAGGUCAGUUUUCUCCUCACGUGUAUGAAACGAUUAUCGCUAACUACGCAGCUUCCAAGUACAGACAUAACAAAAUACUGGACGUAGUCCCUGCCGAGGUGGUUUCUUCACUUACAGUCUAUCAAUGCCUUGCUUUGUGCUUACAGGAAAACAGGAAAUGGGCGCGUUGUCGAUCUUUCAAUUACGGUAACCAAACCUGCUUUCUCAUUGAUACUUAUCUAUGUGAAAAGGGUAGAAAAAACAACCUUGCAGAGAAACUGGGUUAUAGCUAUUACGAUGUCUUACAGCGCCAUGGAGAAGAGAUGGAGUACUUUAAUUCGAAGUCCUGCAGAGAAUUUGGGAAAUGUUCAUCUCACUGUCCCAAAUACAAAGUCUUUAGCAAUCUUAAGAAAUUUGCUGAAGCACAAGCAACAUGCGAAGCAGAAGGGGGUGUCUUGGCAAUGCCUCGAAGUCACAAACACCACCAGGAACUUCUACAUUUGCUAACUUCUCACAAAAAGGAACGUUAUUGGAUUGGUCUACGUCGUCAGAACAAUAUUACAGUCUACAUCGAUGGCAGUGCUCUUGAUGAGGACCUGCAACUUUGGGGAGAAGAUCAACCAAAUAACAGUGGUGGUAUUCAGUACUGUGUGGAGAUGCUAAAAGAAAUGGGAUACAAGUGGAAUGAUUUUCAUUGUGAUAAUCUGGCAUCUUUUAUUUGUCAGUAUAUCACCACUUAAAUUUCUCUUUUUUAACACUUUCACACCCUGUUUCAAAGGUUCAUUUCACGAAUAAUGUUUAUAGAUAAUUGUUUCACUAGAUACGAGAGCAAGAUAACCCAAUACGACUUUUCUAAUAUUAUAAAACUUUUAACUAGAGAAAAAAAAUCUUUGCCGAAAGUUGUUUGGUCUACCACAAAAAGAAAUAUGCCUUAAUUACUCGACACAUACCUUAAUUUUCCAAAUAUAAUAGGCAUAGUUUCACUAAGAAUUUAUCUACAAGUUAGGGUGUGUAUAAUAUAUGGUAACAAAUUUAAAUUGUUUUUCGUUCAUUGUGUUGUUUUUACAGUCAGUCCAAACCCCCCUUUUCCAACAAGCUUUGUGAACGAUAAUGCCCACUUACUAGGACCGUUGCGUUUCGAUGAUAUAUCUUAUUAAUUUUCUUUGUUUCUAAGGUAUAAAUGAGAAUUAUCUCCCUAAGACCGUUGCGUUUCGAUGAUGUAUCUUAUUAAUUUUCUUUGUUUCUAAGGUAUAAAUGAGAAUUAUCUCCCUAAGACCGUUGCGUUUCGAUGAUGUAUCUUAUUAAUUUUCUUUGUUUCCGAGGUAUAAAUGAGAAUUAUCUCCCGUUUUCAUUCAUUUUCAGUAUCUUUAAAUAUGAUUUUUGAGAUAAAAUGAUCAAAAAGCUAAGUCUUGUAAAUUUUAAGAUAUAUUUAAAUGCACAUUUAAAAAUGUUUGGAAAUACAAAACUAGUUACGGCUACAUUACGUUUGAUAUUCAAAACUACAAAUUGUUUUCCAUGAAACCUUCAAAUUCUGAGUCCGAAUCCACGAAUAGUUGGCACUAUUUCUCUACCGGCUGUAAAUGAUUUUGGGAACGUUUAUUUGCCGGCCGCAAUUGAAAGACAGCAAGCACUAAAGCGAACUCACUUUUAGAGAUUUUACGAAUAUUCUAACAUUUUAACAACGUUUAUUUGUCGGUCGUGAUUGCGAAAAUAAAGCGAACGCUGAAUUAGAGAUUAUACGCACACUCUAACAUUCUUGUCAUCAAACGGUUACUUGACAGCACUAUUGUAAAAGUCUAGGUGCGUAUUAUUUAUGGUGAUUUGACUCUUUGCUCGUGAAGAUUAGAGUGCGUAUUACAUUCGGAAAAUUACGGUGUUAGAAUUAUUCAACCAACCUGAACAAUAUAAGAAAAUCUAUGAAUGAUUUGUAUUUAUAGAUGUGUAUGUCAUUUUUUGUGAUUUGGUAAUCUUUAGAUCUGAUAUUUAACGUUCACAGUCAUUAUUGCUUUAUAAAUUUCGGAAAAGUUAAUCAAUUGUUAUACAUCAGUGAAACAAGGUCUUUAUUCUUAUGAAUGAUAGUUUUUAAUUUUUCCCAUACAAGAAAACAGAAUCACUCGAAUCACUUCAUUUUCGCAAUAUACAUGUAUCUUAUAUAUAUAUGUUUCUUAACAGGGUACUUUGUAUAUUACGUUACCUAAAAAAAAUGUAUAGCUUACAUUAUGACGUAAUGCAAAGUUUUAAGGUUCGUACUAUAUUAUCGUGAUUUUAUUAGAAAUGCAUUAAUGCAUAAUUUAAGUAAAAGCUCAUUUCUUAGAAAUAAUAAAUGCAUUGCACGAGAUAAACUUGAAAAGUUAUUGUUGUGGAGUUUUAUCGCUUAAAUGCACUUUUGGUUUGUUUGCAAUAUUCAGAAAAUUAAACCUGUUUAGAUGGCGUUUUUUUUAGAAACAUUGAAAAACUACAAAACCCGAAGUAGAAAUUAUAAUAUAAGAUACUUAUUAACUGACACAUUAAGUAGGAAAUAAAUAUAUUGCAAUCUUGAAAUAUGACUCCUUAAUUAAUUAGUAAAAUGUAUAAACUAGAAUGUGAAAGUAAAGUA